AUGGAGAGGGGUUUCAAGAGUUUCUGCAGGCGCAAGUUCCAAGCGAUGCCAACAACUUUGAUGCUCCGGGCUCCGACUCUUCUCAGGGCUUCAUCUGCUCAGGCUGCUCGCAAAGGCUCAGCACGCAUGGAACGUCGGCUGAUGUCGGCUGAAACCGUCUGCUGUUGCGGUUGGCAUCUCCUCAUCGCUUUUCGAUCGCUGAAUCUUGGACUCGAGCGGGCCACAAACCAAGCGCCGUAUGGCUCUAAAUAUGCAGGGCACGUGCGCUUGAUCAGAGGCCGGGGCAUUCUCAGUGAGGGAGGCAGGGAAUGGAGAGUACCAUGUUCGCCCGUGGCCUGCAGCUGUCUCUCGUAA